CGAGAGAGUAGGGACAGAAACAGAGAGAGAGGAAGGAGCGGAAAACUACGUUUUCUUUCAUCACAUUUAACUUCAGUGCUGUACAUUUAUCUUCUCCUUCUGGUGUCAACACAUUUGGUUCUUUUGAGAAAGGUUUCAGCACCGGGGUGCGCUUGCGUCUUUCAGCCAGCCCAUUGCAGCAGCAGGGAUGAACUGGUCGGGGCUGGAGAGUCUGUUGAGUGGAGUCAAUAAAUACUCCACUGCAUUUGGGAGGAUCUGGCUGUCCAUGGUGUUUGUGUUCCGCGUGCUGGUGUUUGUGGUUGCAGCGCAGAGGGUUUGGGGCGACGAGAGCAAAGACUUUGUGUGUAAUACCCGGCAGCCUGGCUGUACCAAUGUCUGCUAUGACCACAUCUUCCCCAUCUCCCACAUCCGUCUGUGGGCGCUGCAGCUGAUCUUUGUCACGUGUCCAUCUCUGAUGGUGAUAGCUCAUGUUAAAUACCGCGAGGGAAAGGACCAGAAAUAUGUGGAGCUGAACCACGGCUCUCACCUGUAUGCCAACCCAGGCAAGAAGAGAGGGGGGCUGUGGUGGACAUAUCUGCUUAGUUUGGUCUUCAAAGCUGGAUUCGACACAUCAUUUCUCUAUAUUCUAUACAGGGUAUACCAUGGAUAUGACCUGCCCAGGUUAUCCAAGUGUACACUGGAUCCAUGCCCCAACACUGUCGACUGCUUCAUUAGCCGUCCAACGGAGAAAAAGAUCUUCAUGUUGUUCAUGGUCAUAUCCAGUGCACUGUGCAUCUUCAUGUGUAUUUGUGAGAUGAUUUAUCUGAUAGGCAAGCGCAUCAGCAAAUUGUUGAGGAUCCGACACGAGAACCAGAGACUGAUAUUUGCAGAGCAACAUGAGCUCACCAACAUAGCCCCACCAAGGUCCCAGUAUCGGAGGACCGAUCCAACGCUGGCAGAGAGCCAGCUGAGUUUACACAGGAGGGACAAGAUCAGAGAAGGCAGUGCAACUACAACACUAUAGGACACAGUGGUUAUUAAGCUAUGGGUUUGUUUCUGAUGGGUGACCGCACAACAGGAACACAGGCUACCUACCUAAGACUAUUCAACCAAAAGACUAAUGAAAGGUUCAGAGCCUGUACAUAAUGAUCCUGUGAUCGAGCUGAACAAGAAAAACACAUGGUUCUCCAUUAAGAGGAUCAUCAACACUGGCUGGUGGUGUGUUGUAAGACGUCACUUAAAGAAGAGUACUACUAGGAUUACUAUGUUUGGAUAUCACAUUUUUAACUUUGUACCAUGUACUAUACAAGGAGAGACAUCCAGGGGCAUGAUGUUGAUUCAUCAUCAACAUCAAUAUAUCACAUAUUCUAGAUCACAACACUUGGUAUCUUCAACACUGUAAAUAGCUUUAUUAACAGACUGACUGAGAGAACGAUGCCUCCUCCAGUGCUUUGCACAUUCAUAUUUCUUCUACUGCAGUGAACAAAAUGCCAUCAGCAAUUUAUCCACCAAGGUUGAACUCUUUCCCCCAAGAAAGCUGGUUUAAAUCAUAGAUUUGGAUUUCUAAGAGCUUUUUGGUCAGCAAGUUACUGUGAGUAAUGAAUGGACUUCAUCACAGCACAGAUAAAUUGAGUGGAUUACUGAAUCUCAUAUUUCAUAUAACUGACAACCAGCUGAUUCCUAAGUGGAACUUGUUAAGGUCACUCAAUUAUCAGCAUUUAAAAUUUAUAUUACAGCAACAUUAUUGCAUUUUUGUUAUUUAAUAUGAGUGGACGGGAUGGACUUGAGGCUGUAGUCCUGCAGUACAGGCAGGACUUUAGCUGAGCUGACAGACUGAUGUUUAAGGACAAGGUCAUUUCUACUUUCAUUUUUAGUUUCAUGCCCACACUCAAAGAGAGUCAACUGGAAUAUCAUGAUGUGGUCAAAUCGUUCCUUUUAAGAUAUAGCAAUUUAUUUUUAUUUACUGUUAUACUGAUAGAUUUUAUUGCUUAUAAAAUAAAAAUGCUUAUCAA